ACUAAGUAUACAACAGGCAGCGGCGCAUUGUUUGUCCGCGGCGACUGGCGAGUCCGACGACAAUCAGCGGCGGCUUAUUCUUAAGAAACCAUCGGCGACGAGCGACGGGCAACCGGCGACAACAUCGAUUUUUCAGCGACGAUUGUAUUUUUCUUCGCACUUGGCUCAGUUAGCCGGUGAGUCCUCUACUCCUCUAUCCUUAUCCCUGCAAUACUCUCCCACUUUCAAUGGCGUCGACACUCUCCAGAAGGGUUUUCCGCACUUCACCAUUUUCUUCUUUCAAUCGGAAAAAGUUUCCGAGCAAUCUCCAAUCCGGUCUGUUGAGCUCCGUAUUCGAAUCUGAUUCGGUGCGAUUGUCAUCCUCGUAUGGUUCACGAGAACAAUGCAAUGUCGCUGCACUCUGCCCCAAAAGAGGUCUGAUAUACAAGGAUUUCGGGAGAGGAACUGUAAUCAGGCCAAAAUACGGAUUCCAGAAUCUCAAUAUCGGGCGGAUACAUUUCAGUCGGUUUCUAUGCACAGCUCACGGAGCUCUCGAAUCAGGAGGUGGUGGUGGAAGCAUUGCUGUUUCUGAUGGUUCUGGCCAGGCUAAGGAAGCUAAAGUGAAGAGGAAGAAACUGAAGGGUAAAAGGGCAGUGGUGAGAUGGUUGAAGUUCUUCAGGUGGAAGAAGAAGAAAGAGUUCCAGAGGAUGACUGCUGAGGAGAAAUUGGUUUACAAGUUGAGAAAGGCUCGCAAAAAAGAAGAAACGCUUCUUGAAGCUUUAGAGAAGAUUGAACCUAAGGAGACAUCAGAAGCUACCCAUGAUCCAGAGAUAUUGACACCCGAAGAACACUUCUACUUUUUGAAGAUGGGGCAGAAGUGCAAGAAUUAUGUGCCUGUUGGAAGACGUGGGAUAUACCAGGGUGUGAUACUUAAUAUGCACCUGCAUUGGAAGAGGCACCAAACACUUAAAGUAGUUGUGAAGACAUUCUCUCCAGAAGAGGUUAAGGAAAUUGCCGCAGAACUUGCACGGUUGAGUGGUGGCAUCAUUCUUGAUAUUCAGGAUGAUAACACCAUUAUUAUGUAUAGGGGAAAGAAUUAUGCUCAACCACCAACCGAGAUAAUGUCCCCCAGAAGCACUCUUUCCAGGAAUAAGGCUCUGAAUAAAUCCAAAUACAGGGAUGCCUUGAGAGCUCUUAGGAGAUAUAUACCUAGACUUGAGCAGGAUCUUGAGUUGCUUCGAGCACAAGCAGAAAAUAAAGCUAUUCUCUCCGAAGAAAACCAAUUAAUUGGCUCUGAGGAUUAUGGUUCUGACCACCAUUUGCAAUUGAAAACUGAGGCAACCAAAAAACUGAAUGAAGUAAUGCCACAAAAUGGUGAACAUGAUGAUGAAAAUGAUCCAAUGAUGGAAUCUGAUAUAGGUGAAGAUUCUGAAGAUCUUUCAGAUAUUUUUGAGACAGAGUCUGAGGAAGAGAAUGAGGAGAGGAAUGAGAAACCUCUAUAUUUGAAUGCAUUUGAAAAGUUCCCAGUUCAUAGCAAUGGGGAAACAGAUGAUUUUGAGGAACAUUUGCGUCAAAUAUCUGCUAAUUCAAGGAAAGAGAAAUUGCAAGGUAGAGAUGCGAAGUCACCAGAUCUAGAUGAAGUUGAUCGGAUGAUCCUGCAAGCCGCAUCACUUUUGAAGAAAAAUAGAAGAUGAAAGCCUAUUUAUUGAUUACUGGAAAGAUCAAUGAUGAUUUCACCUCACCGUGUGAUGAAAUGAAAUGAUGGCUAAGGGUAUGGAUCCUGAUAAAUUAAUAUAUGGUUGUGAAACUAUUGGAGAAGGGGCGUUAAGAGAACAAGCGAAUGAAACAUUAGUAGAAUCCUUGUGUUAAAAUGGGGAUAUACUGAACUAUUGAUGUCACUUAAUGAAAUCGGAAAGCAGGGCUUCUCCCUAGUGUUAAUAUCUCUAGCACUUCAGUUCAUGGGUUGAACAGAGUGUAUUACCAACCCUAUGAAGCAAGCAGCACCAGAAGUAGCUCGUCGGGUUCAAUCCUCUUCACUAAAAGUAAAGAAGUAUGGUACGGAAACUUAUUUGACGGUUGUACAUGUGUAUGUGUCUGAUGAUGAUAUUUGGUAAUUAGGAGAUGUGGCAGUGCAGUUUGCUGUUGCAGAAGAAUGUUGUUUGGUGUAGCAGAUGGAUGCCAGUUCUCCAAGGUGCAAGGUGAUCUGGUGUGAUUGAAUGGACUUCUUUCACUAGAUUUAUGCUAAUCUCAGAUUUUUCUCUUUAGGGCUUGGUUCUUUGAGUAUCUUUUUCCAUUCUUUGGCCAGGUUGUGCCCAACACUUCUCAUAGAUUAAUAAAACAUUAAUUACCGAAAUGGUUCAUUGACUAUAACGAAUUUACCAAUUUAGUUUUUUACUAUUUUUUUGACUAAUUAAGUCUCUCAACUUUAAAAAUUUUAACCAA